UCCAGCACACGAAAGCAAACCCCUUGCUGUAAAUAGUGUAUAAUUAGCAUUUCCUAGGUUGUUACAAAAGGAAUAGCACUAGUGCCACUGAACAAAGGCGUUGGUUAGAGAGUAGUCCUGAAGCGCGGGGAGGUGUUGGUGAGAAACUGUCAGGUGGUGUAAGAGCCGGCAGCGCGCUGCAUCCUCCGGCUCGGCAGCCGAUUCCCGGUGCGCUGAGCGCCGGACGCAGCGAGGAGAUGUGCUCGACCGCCGGCCCGGAGGACCUGGCCACGUUGUCCCAGCUGGACGAGACCAUUCUCCUGAACGUCCUGAGCCGCAGAUUCCGGCAUGACCAAAUUUAUUCUUACAUUGGAGAUAUUCUAGUUGCCAUCAAUCCUUUCAAGUAUUUGCCCUUGUAUGAAAAAUCGGAAUCGGAAAAGUACAGAAGUUGUUCAAAAGAUAGCCUACCUCCACAUAUUUUUGCAGUGGCAGAUCGUGCCUAUCAAUCAAUGUUGGGUCGCUUAGCCACUGGCCCUAAGAACCAGUGCAUUGUCAUUAGUGGGGAAAGUGGUGCUGGAAAAACUGAGAGUACUAAGCUCCUGCUGCGACAGAUCAUGGAACUCUGCAAAGGAAACUCUCAAUUAGAGCGACAGGUUCUGCAGGUGAAUCCACUUCUGGAAGCAUUUGGGAAUGCUCAGACUGUGAUGAAUGACAACAGUAGCAGAUUUGGGAAAUAUAUUCAACUGAGAUUUCACAGUACAGCAGUAAAAGGUGCCAAAAUCAAUGAAUACCUACUGGAGAAAUCCCGAGUUGUGCAUCAGGAUGAAGGCGAGAAAAACUUCCAUAUUUUCUACUAUAUGUUCGCUGGAAUAUCUCCUGCUGAUCAGGAGGUGUAUGGGCUUCUGGAGCCCACGUUUUACAGGUACCUAAAUCACAAAUAUGGUUCUGAUGAAAUCAUCCAGCGAUGGAACAAGAAAUACCAUGAAGUGUGCAAUGCACUGGACAUGGUUGGGUUUCUUGAGCAGGAGCAGGUGGACAUGAUGACAAUACUAGCAGGAAUCCUGUCACUAGGCAAUAUCCUUUUCGAACCUCAAGACACUGGAAUCCUUAAAGUGACAGAUCAGUCAAAGGGAUGGCUGAAAGCUGCAGCAGGUCAGUUUGGUGUUGAGCAAGAAGAACUUCUAAAAUGUUUGAUUUGUACAAUGGCAGUAACUCGAGGAGAGUCCAUUCAACGAUACCACACCAAACAGCAAGCUGAAGAUGCCAGGGAUUCUAUUGCUAAGGUUGCUUACGGCAGAGUUUUUGGGUGGAUAGUCAGCAAAAUCAACCAGCUUCUGGCUCCAAAAGAAGACAUGGAUGUUGUUGAACUGUGGGAGAUAGGUAUAUUAGACAUUUUUGGAUUUGAAAAUUUUGCAGUUAACCGAUAUGAACAGAUGUGUAUUAAUUUGGCAAACGAACAGCUUCAGUAUUUCUUCAACCAUCACAUAUUUUUAAUGCAACAGGAUGAGUACAAACAAGAAGAAAUUGAAUGGAAAACAAUUACCUUUAAGAACAACAAAGCAAUUCUGGAUCUGUUUUUAGCAAAACCAUUAGGAGUUUUUUCCCUACUGGAUGAGCAAAGUGCAUUUCCACAGGCCACUGACAGGACUUUUGUGGACAAAUUAAACAAUGGUUUCAAACGGAAUCCACAUUUUAAAAUAGGCAGAAGUCAGAAUCCAGUAUUUACAAUAGUACAUUAUGCAGGAAAGGUCCAAUACAAUGCAUCUGGGUUUUUGGAGAAAAAUAGAGACACUAUCCCAGCAAGCAUUCGAGGGCUGUUUAUUAAUAGCAUCACUCCACUGCUAAGUGUACUUUUUACAGCAACAGUCUCAAGGACAGGAACCUUAAUGGCUCAUCAGAGACCAAAGCAGGCACAAAGAACAGAAGACAACUUUAACAGCACCAGGAAAACAGUCUGUUGGAGCUCAAUUUGUCAGGCGUGGCUGGGCAUUCAGGUUGCCAGUUUAACACCUUUUGAUUUGGAGAAAGGGAGUGGAAUUGAAGGAAUUGUUAUUCAGUUGCAGAACAAGUUCAGUCAGACAAAGGACGAUGGUGGCAGAAGGGGACUGGUUGGGCCUCUGCUCAAGGAGAAACAUUCUUUAGCAGUGCUGAUGGAGAAGAUGUUUUCAGCAAAUCCACAUUUCAUUCGAUGUGUGAAACCAAAUAAUAAUAAAUUGCCAGAUCAGCUGGACAGCAAAGUUUUUAUGGAUCAGCUGCGAUACAAUGGAUUAUUGGAAACUACCCGGAUUCGUAGAGAUGGAUAUUCUUGGAGACCAUUCUUCGAAGAAUUUGUUAAAAGAUAUGGAAUACUGCUUAUUACCCCCAAUGUGCCACUUACCAAAGAAAGUUGUCUAGCUAUUCUUCAAACUACUGACCUGAAGGACUGGAAAUCUGGAAAAUCGCGUCUAUUCUUUAAAUACUGGCAUCAGGAUCAAUUAGCAAAGUGCAUCGAAAAACUUGAAAAAGCUGCAUUAAUUAUCCAGAAAAGUUAUAAAAGAUUCCGCUGUCAAAGCAAGUAUAAAGUUUUAUUGCUCGAGCUACAAAAUCAGCGUCGGCUGGAACUGGAAAGACAAAUCGAAGAAAGACAUCAGAUUGAAUUGGAGCAAGAAAUGGAAAGAAAAAAGCAGGAAAUGGAAUGGAAAAAUGAAGGACCAGUUACACCACCAGUUCCACUUCCAAGAAAAAAGAAGCCACUCCCUCGACCUCGUGCUGUAGCUGUAGAUAAAUUUCACAAAGCUGUCCAGCCUCCUGUUCCCAGACCCCGGAGUAAAUUAGUGGAGGCAACUCCCUUUGAUAAUUCUCGGGAGCACAUGAACAGUACUUGGCUUCAAGAGCAGGCAGAGAAAGAGCAGCGAAUUAACAAGAAACGAGCUACAAUUCGGUGGUUCAAAGAAACUCAGGCUCGAAAAGUAGUUCAGAAUGGCACGUUCCCUUGCUGGUUUCAUGGGAUGAUUACAAGACGUGAAAGUGAAAACCUGUUGGCAAACCAACCUUUAGGUUGCUUCUUGAUACGUGUCAGUGGAAGUAGGGAAGGGUACACGUUAACUUUCAGAGGUGUAGAUCGGUGUAGACACUAUAUGAUUGAAAUGCAGCCGAAUGGGAAGUAUGUGAUACUGGGAGAAGAUAAGGUCCAUUCAUCACUACCAAACUUGGUAGAGUAUUAUAAAACUGUUGGAAUUCACCAUUCAUGGAAGUCCUCACUGUACCUUGUGGACAGAAAUGUGACAGCGAAACAGAUUAUGAAGAACUCAGGCACUUUUCGAUGAAAAUCAAACCACAAGAAACUACAAAUUUAGACAUUGAUGCUGAUGUCUCAACUCAUGAUCGUGUGCACAAUGAGUUGUCUAAGCUUUUUGUGCCACCUGAACCACAGUUGUCAAUGCAGCCUCAAGUUCCACCAGUCAUGAGAAAGAUCGCAGACAAAAAGCUCCAGAUUGCUGCUUUAGUGGAAACGCAGGCAAUUAAUUCAGAGAACUGGUAUGAAGAUCAGGAAAACAAACGUACAUUCCCAAGACUUUACCCAUCAAUACGCUUAGCAAUGAAAGAGAUUCAGCAACUUUAUGAGAAAUAUGGGUGUGAAGUGCAAACUAACAACAGAGAGGAGGUGCCAGAACUCCCUCCAAAACAGUUCAAAGAGCGACAUCUGAAUACUACAUUGCAAAAUAAAUGAUUGAAGAUUGGGAGAAUCUGUCCAUACACAGAUGAAAAGAGGUGAUACUUUUGACGUGUUUACUGUAACAAUUUUUUUUUCUUUUGUUUACUGAAACACAACCAAAUUUAUCUGGACCCCAGUUGGUGUUGGAUAUAUAAUGCUGAUUUCAAUGAGUAUUUUGCACAGAUUUAUUUUUGAAUAGUGUUUUUUUUGUUAAAGGUUUUGUCAAUAAUCUGCCAAAAGCUGCUUUUCACAAUGAAAUGUUUUUAUUUUUCCACUCAGUAUACAUAUUGUACAUAAUUUUUCUGGACUCCACUGAUCCAUGUGUUAACUUGUAUGCUGGGGAAUAGUUUGUACAAUUAA